UUAGAUAGUACAGUAAAUAUGAAUUUAUCCAGCUUUGUUGGUUUCCUCAGACGUUCGCUGUUACACUUAGAAUGUAGAAUUAUGGAGGCAGCAGGACUGGACAGACAUUUUGCUCCAGCUCUGGCCGUGCAGGGUCCAAACCUUCUUGAACAGCCGCAGCGUGAGAAUGGAGAAUGCAAAGAAAAUAGUCUACUGGAUAGCAUUUUCUGGAUGGCAGCCCCCAAGAAAAGACGGACCAUCGAGGUCAACCGCUGCAGGAGGCGCAAUGAGAACAAGCUCAUUCCCAUUAAGAACAACAUUGUACCCUGUCCAGAGUGUGGGCACCUGAAGCAGAAACAUAUUCUAUGUGGUUUCUGUUACGAGAAGGUCCGUCGGGAGACUGCACUGAUUCGUGGACAGAUACAGGCCAUGGAAGGUGGUCCCCUGAAGAAUCCAGCCAUGGAGACUGUUGUCCUUUAUGAAAAUGAAAAGCCUGGAGAUGCUGACAAGGGGAAGCGUAUUGUAGAAGUAAAGAGAAAACGGCCCUCCUGGUUCAGUCAGUUGGUGUGAAUUACACCCAAGCACUGAACUGUACUGUAGUACAGUCUGUAUACUGUACUAAGAUGUAUCUUGUAUCCUUACUUUAUUAUGGAAUCUUUGUCAAAGCCUUGUAUGUAGUCUACAUUAUAGACCAUCGUACAAGGCUUGAAAAUCUGUAAUUUGCUCUGACAU